GCAACCCGAGGCAACCCCAACCCGGCAACCCCAGCCAGCCAGCCCGUCGGCCUCCCCUCUUAAAUCCACAGGCCUCUCCCUCGCUCCCCUUCCCUCCUCUCACGAGAGCAGCCUGCACUGCAUCUGCAUGGCGCCGCAAUGAUAACAUUCGUCUGAACUCGCCCAUCCCAACAAGAGAAGGCGAGUGUGCGUGCGUGAGAAAGAGAACUGGAGAAGCCAGAGUUGUGAGGCUCCAGCUUCUAUAUCUGCACCUGGAGAAGCCAGAGUUGUGAGGCUCCAGCUUCUAUAUCUGCACCUGCACCUGCACCUGGACCCGCCGUGAUUGGCUCCCCACUCUGCUUCGGAAGCUUCUCUGGAUUCUGCUGCAGCUGCUGCUGGUGGUGGUGGUGCGCUGCGGCCUGGCCAUCAAUCACUAGCGCUCUGAAUGCGAGCUGGUGAUCGCCUUGGGCGGCCAACUUGCCUCGGCGCCUGAUCGGGGCCGAGAACGAAGGUAAAAGCUUGCUUGGAGCCCCGAGAGAAGAUGCCGGCGAGGAUGCGCGGCGCCGCCGUCCUCGCCGACGACGCGCGGGACCUCGACCGCCAAAUGGGGUGCAUGGCCGGCAUAUUCCAGAUCUUCGACCGCCAGCGGCUCAUCACCGGUGGCGGGCGGCGCGGCGGCCGGCACGCGCAGAAGAGGCUGCCUCCUCCGCCUUCAGCUCCAGACAAUACUGUUUCAAAGAGCAGCAGCAAUGUUCCAGUUCAAAGUUCAAGUACCUCAAAGAUCGUUCUGGUAAUAUUCCUGCCUCUAUUGGCCUCAACUCACCUGGCACUAACCUAUAAUUUGCUUUUGCAGGAGAAAACAUUCAGCAAAUGCACGACUGAGAACAGCGGUCUUUCAAUCGAAUCAUCAAGAGCUUCUUCUUCCUCCUCUUCAUGCUCAUCUUUUUCAUCGCUUGAUGGCAACAAAUCAGUCCAGCAGGAGCUUCCUUACAUCAAUGAGGAGCUCUUUGUGCAGAGGUCAUUGAAGAGUUCGCCAAGCUUGAAGGAAAGUGACAUGAACACCAAGUCUGGGCAUCCUAAUGUCGGUUUCAGAGACAUAGUGAAGGACUCCAUCAACAGGGACUCUGGAGGCCUAACUGUAAAAACCUCGGUGCAGGAGGCACGGAGAAAUGGGCAGUACAAGGACUCACCGAGGCCACUGCUGCUGUCGAAAUCAAUGGAUGGAACCUGUAUCAUUGGGAUUGACAGGAGUACAAAGGUUCCUGCAACUGUCACUGAAUCUAACAGGCGUUUGCAGGAGCAGUCACGCUUCUCAUGUGAUGACCGAAGACUCCUGCGGCCAGCCGAACCUCAGGAAAGCAAGAGACCUUCCGCAAGGCUCAAAGAACUUCCUAGAUUGUCCUUGGACAGUAGGAAGGAGUCUCUGAGUCCAAGCUCACGCCAGAAGAACUUCAGUUACAAGAGGACUGAUGAUAUUCUCUUGGAUACUUUGAGGCUUCAAGAUUCCCCAAGCCAUAGGAGAGCCAACAGUGUCAUCGCCAAGCUAAUGGGGUUGGAAGAAGGAACAAAUGCUACAGGGGUGCUGACUGCUGAUAACCAUGAGACUUCAAGAUCACCGAGACCUGCACAAGCCACUCAGCAUGAGCAUCCAUCACGUUCGCCCAGAAGCAAUUGCCAGGAUUCCCGCAUGCUGCAGCUGAAGAAUGACUCUUCAGCACUCAAAACCAAGCCUUCCCCAAGAAUUCUCACAGAAGCUGCUCCUUGGAGGCAGCAGGAGAGAAGUGCCAACAACACCAAAGCACAACAAUGUCGAGAAGCUGAAGGGAGGUCAAGAACUGCAUCUGUCUAUGCUGAUAUAGAAAGAAGGCUUGGGGGCCUUGACUUCUUAGAGUGUAAUAACAAGGACUUCAGGGCUCUGAGAAUAUUGGGUGCAUUGAAUGCAAAAGAUGGUAAGAGCCAGAAUGACAGCAAUGCCGGAUCAGUGGCUGUUCAGAGGACAGGGUAUGAUCUAACCGCUGACCCUGGAAAAUUCCAGCCUCCAAUUGUGGUCAUGAAGCCUGCAAGAACUACAGAGAAGUCUGGUAUUUCACUUGCUUCGGUUGCUCCUAUUGCCGGCCUCAGAAGCCUGAGGAAGUUGCAGGCCAGAGAUUCAUCUUGCACUGGCACGAAUGACAAGAUUCAUCUUCGGAUGUCCAGAGCUCAAUCGAAGUCAGAAGAACCUGUCAGCAGUGCCAGCUCACCGAGGCCUACAGGUUCAUCAAGUCCCAGAAAUGUGCAAAAGAAAGCAGAGUCCGAAAGGAGGUCUCGCCCACCGGUCUCACCAAAAUCUGCAAGCAAGAAGUCCAAUGAAGCUGUAUCCCCAAAAGGAAGAAUGAGAUCAAAGCCUUCUCAGGUGAAAAGCCACCGUGAUGAGGUCUUGCCGAGUACAGGGAGCAGAAUCAGCUUAGCAAAGCAAGUUGAUGUCAGUAUCAUGGAUUGUCCAAAGCUUCCAGGUGUCAGCUCAUCAUUUGUUCAACCAUGCAGCGUUACAUCAAGUCACAAGGGUCCUUCAGUUCUGUGUUCAGACCAAAAUAUUCAUUCACUGGACAACAUCCCGAGUCCUGUCUCUGUCCUCGACACAUCCUUCUAUCAUAAAAGGAUCUCAGAUUCAUUCAAAGAUGGCGAGACACAUUCUUCGGAUGAGUGCUGGAACCCAAACAGCCUGCCUGACACACCACAGUCUAAGGCGAGCAGUGAAGUCAACCAGAUUAAACCAGAAAACCUGGAAGUCCUCAUCCAGAAGCUUGAGCAACUGCAAUCAAUGAACGAGGAAGCUGCAAACAUCAAAGAAGUCAUGGCAUCAGUCACUGCAAAUAAAGAUCAUCAGUAUAUCUACGAGAUACUAGUGGCAUCUGGUCUUUUGCAUAAAGAACUUAGUUUCACAACAUUACCUGGUCAACUCCGAUUAUCAGGUUAUCUGAUCAAUCCAGAGCUCUUCCUCAUUCUUGAACAAACAAAACCAGACAUUGUUUCAGAAUUUCAAACUGUCAAUGGAGCUAAGAAAUGCUCUAAGCCUUGCACAGGAAAGGUUCACCGAAGACUUGUGUUCGACAUGGUAAACGAAACCAUAGCACAGAAGAUGAACAUCUGCAGAUUUGGAAGUCGGCCAGUAAAAUUUCUUCAGUCGAAGAAGUUAAGUGGGUGGCAACUAUUCAGGGACGUGUGCACUGAGAUUGAUGGCAGGCUAACAAAAUGCUCCGAAGAGGAUGAGAAUGAAAACAUGCUAGCAGAUGAGAAUAUAGUAGGUGAAACAAAAGACUGGAUGAGCUUUGACACCGAACUACAUGGCAUGGUUUUGGAAAUCGAAAGAUACAUCUUCAAGGACCUUAUCGACGAGGUCAUAGACGGUGGGGCUACGGAGAAACUGCACUUAGGACAAUGGAAGCUUCGGAGGCAGCUUUCUUUCAGUAGUAUAAACUGAAUUAUGCGUGGUAGUAGUUGUUUCCAUUAAGAAGCUUAGGCUCUAGUAAAUGUAACCUUUUAUAUUUUGCUGAAGACUAAACUGUAGAAGGAAUAUAAAUGAUCCUCAACACCAGAAGAAGCGAGGCAAUCUAUAUAUAAUAUUCUUAGUAAACUCUUCUGUAUGGUGUGAUGUUCUUUUGACUGAAUCAUGCUGUUAUUCCAGAUUA